AUGUUAUUAACUCUUUUACGAUCACUAAAUAAUCCGAAACCAUUCAUUCGAUACUCUUCAUCAUCCUAUAUUCAGGGUCAAGCACCACCCGAUCGUCCAGAUGUACGAGAAUAUUUUUAUUAUAUUGAUUCAUUUGGACAGCUAUUCUUAGAUGAUACUCGAUUUAAAAAUUUUACAUCAUGUUAUAAAGAUCCAAAAUUUCUACACUUUUUUUUCACUCGUAUUCGAGCUAAUACUUAUAAUGAUCGUCCUUAUUUUUCUACAUUUCCAUAUGUAUCUUUAUGUGGUCGUGAACGUAAUUUUAUUCGUUGUGCUGAUACACCAUUUGUUUUAACUCGAUUUUUGGAUGAUAAAGAUUUAUUUGAAUGUUGUCAUAUACCAUCAACAAUACUUUCGAUACAAUUUCAACCUGAAAGACUUUAUAUUAAACCAGACACUGGACGUAUUUAUCAUCCAUUAUCGGAAAAAUUUCAUACGGGUCAUGCACUUAUUAAAGAUGCUAUUGCUGAACGAUUGAGUUCUCAUUUUGUAUACGAUAGUAAAACAGAUGGUUUACCUAUUAGUAUUGAAUGGAAAGGAAAAUUGUAUAAAUUAAAAAAAGAUAAUGAAAUAGAAAAACUUGUUUAUGAACAUAGUCGUUUUGAAAUAUAG